UCUCAUUAUUUCCCUUUAGUUUCUAUUUGUUCCUUCACAGUCAUUUCCCUCUUCUUCUUUUGUUUGAUUUCAGUUAUUAUUUCGUAUUUUUAUUUUUGUUUAAGAAUUGCAUGUUUAAGUCGCUUUGCAUUUAGUUUGUUUUACAACAGAUUAUAAUACUUAGUUAAUCAAGUUGAUUUAGGAUUAGUACAUGUUUUGUAUGUCUAGUUAGUAGUUCAGUACAAGUUAAUUAGUUUAAUCAUUUUUUUGAAUUAAUCAGAUAUCAAACCAAGUUGUUGAUUGAACAGUUUGGUUUUUGCAUUUUUUUUGUUCUGAUUCGUAUGGCUCUUGUUAGGGUUCAUUUGUUUUUUACCGUGAAAAUGGUAAUAACAAUUAAAUUUGAUUUAGUAAUUCUAAAAAUACAUGGUCUAUUUUUAUGCUAGUUGUUAGGCAGUUGAUGCUAUAUGAAAGACUUAGAAAUGAAAUAAGAACUUAAGAACGAGGUGUUAAUCAAACCGAAUCACUAUCUAUUGGGGCCUCGAGCUUGCCUAUCCGAGGGCCUCGAGGUCGAUUUUGAAGCUCGAUUGGCAGCUAUCUAAGGCGGUCGAUGGCGAAUAACAGUUAUAAAUGGAUCAAGGGUGGCUCUUUAUGGCCAAUAAUAAGCAAUACAUGACGAAUAAUGAGUAGAAUCACAAUAAAUGUGAGCAUUGAAUGAAGUAAAUGAAGUGAUAAGAUCAAGAGAAUAUGUUAGAGAUUAGAGAGAAUGUUCUUGUAUAUUUAGUAUGAAGCAACAAAUGUUUACAAAAUGACAUGGGUCCCCUUUAUAUUAGAGGGGGAAUCUAAACAUAGUACAAGUGCAUUUAUUACAAAGAUAUGGAGAUGAUACAUCUAACUAAUGCCAAGAUACGGCUUAGACUGGCCUGACAGAUCUUGUCGGUUCCAGCUUCAUGCCUUGGGAACUCCCCAUUUUCUUCCCAUAACCGUCGAUCCCACACCGCCCCGAGGUCGAGCAUCGAUGGCCCUCGAUGGGUGAGACUCGACUGUUAUUUCGAGCCUUCGAGACGUUAUAACGAUGGAAAAUUGGACCCUCCGAUUUUACCGUAUACAGAUAGUCCCUGCAUUUCUUAGAGUAGAAUGAUAAAAAAUGAACUUGAUAACCAUCUUUCUGAAUUUCCCGCGAUAGCGUUAUACCGAUGGCGUCAUACACGUAACAUAGGCUUUUAUGACAACCCAUAUGUCCCGUCGUUUCAACAUUCCAGAGUCAUUCAAAGCACUACCGUUUCUUCUUCUUUAAGGUAGUAAUAUCGUCGUCGGUUCAGCUCCCAAGGACGCAUUAAAUGCGCCUGCUAUUACGUCUUUCAAUGACAAUAAUGGUGCCUGUUGGUUACGCUUCUGCCCCUCCUAUAAAUGGGGGCCUCCUGGAACCAUUUGUUUUCAAGUGUUCUUCAAUCAACCUUCCUCAAAAUUUCUUCUUUCCAUCCUCAUCCGCUGUCAUUUCCCAUGUCUGAGGCCCGUGGCCUCAAGGCUAUCUGGUGGCGUUCUGAUCAGUUAUGCCAUGGUUUUUUCCUGGGGCUCUUCCCUGUUAAGCGAGACUAUACCAGCUUAUUGUUGUUGUUGUUAUUGUUAUUGUUGGCCUGAGAUGAGGAGACAUGGGAUCGAUUUCUCCCGACUUAGGAAAAUAUUUGGACUUUACAUCGCUGCUCACAAGGGAGUUCGGACUAUGCACCGCUGCUCACCUCCCCAGACUACCCGGUGCGACGCCUCACUCCCUUUGUAUUACGUGGAGUGAGGUGGUACUAUCUACUAACUGUUGCCUCCCUCACCGGGGCAACAACGCAAGAAGUUUCUUUACAAUAGUAGCACUGGAAAAAUCCAUACUAGCCAAAUUUUUUACUCAGCCACUUCUUCGUUCCUUUCUGCCUUUUUUGCGUCACUUUGCCCUUCUCCACCACUUUCCUCUUCUUCAUCUUCGCCCUCAGAGAUACCAUUCUGGAGGGCUGAGAUGAGACUCCCGGGGAGGUGGCAUUCGAAGAUAUUGCCACCGAGGAUGCAUCCUCAAGAGUAGGCUAGGCUCUAGGUUUUUACCGUAUGUGUACCUUUUGCUUCUUUGUUUCUGUGUAAAGACCCCUUGCGGGCUUUUGUAAUCAUAUGUAAGGACCCCUCAUGGGCUUUUGUAACCAAAUGUUUAUGAAUGAAAAAUGUUCCUUUAAUUUGUCUCUGAUGCACACUAUUUUCUCUUCAUCUAUGCUUGUGUAGAAUCUAAGUGCAUGACCCCAUCGGUCGAUGCAAAUAUCGAGCCCGGGUUGGACUGAUAAACUCGGGUGAUCGAAAUCCUAACUGAGAGUAAGGCUUCGAACUCCUAAAUUAAGAUUUAGCCUUUAGACCCUGCGAUAACCUUCGAGGGAGGAUUCGCUCGGAAGCUCGAGAAUGGAGACUGCCUUCAGGCUUUCGAGAGCAGUCCCCGAGUGAGGGUUAACUCAGGACGUUCGGAAACUUGUCUUGAACUUAGUGUACAUGGCCUUUAGGCGUUGUAGAUAGGUCCCGAAUGAGGGACUGCCUGGGUAUAGAUGGUAUCCAUAGGACAAGCCCAUACGAAUAGAGUUUUUAAGUACUUGUUUUUCUCCUUGAGAGGAGCCUUCGAAACCAGGUACCAUCAUGAGUCUUAUAAUGACAUCGACGGCCUCUUGGAGAGAUCCCCGAUAUCGGAUACCACCUUGGGUCUGGUGGUGAUGCUAAAAGGCAUCAUGGAGUCUAACCUCAUUUUGAUUGAAGUCCUCGAGAUCAGAUACCAUCUCGGAACUGGUGAUGAUGUCAAAGGCUUCCUGGAACCUAGCUUUUUUUUAUGGAGGUCCUCGAGGUCGGGUACCACCUCAGGACCAGUGAUGAUGCCAAAGGCUUCAUGGAGCCUAACUUCUUUUUGAUGGAGGUUCUCGGGGUCGGGUACCACCUCGGGACUGGUGAUGAUACUAAUGGCUUCCUGGAACCUAACUUCUUUUUGAUGGAGGUCCUCAAGGUCGGGUACUACCUCGGGACUGGUGAUGAUGCCAAAGGCUUCAUAGAGCCUAACUUCUUUCUGAUGGAGGUCCUUGAGGUCGGGUACCACCUCGGGACUUGUUUGGUGCGUGGGUCUCCAACCUCAAAACGUCAUACGAUGCUUGUCAAAUUGGCGACACAGUUGUAAAGUGACCGAGGAGAUCCUGCCGGUACAUCUUCCCAAAGCGAUUUCGGCUAGCAUUUUAAUCAGCCUCUAGGGAAGGUGGAUCUCCGCUGCUUUUUCCAUAUAUAAAGCUGCUUCCGCCCUUUUGGAGAUUCUCUCAUUCUGAGAAGUUACCCUUUUUUGCUGCAUUAGACUUUUCAUUAUUUCAGUAUUGACGCUCUGGUCUAAAUUCCUGGUCCAGUUCUCCAAUUUUGUUGUAGUUAUGAAUGCUAUAUCAGGAUCCGUUUGGCAAGGAGGAGAGAGUUUCGCCCCCGUUCUUGCCUUGUUGGCUCGGAGCAUUUUGCUUCAAGAGGGGACUUUUCACCAGAAAAGUACCCCGAUGCAUAGGACCAACAGGAGCAUAUCUUGGAGUUUACUUCUUAGAUAGGAAAGGGACACCUUGAGUCGGUUAGGAAAGACUGUGGAUGGGGGGAAAAGGUGGUACUACAGGAAUCUUCCCCGGAUGAGAGUAUUACGGACCGUGCCGAGGAAUUUCUGAAUAUGUUCACGUACCCCUUCACACUAGGCACCCUUAACAGGGUUGUGCUUGACUUCUAUCAAAAAUAUCGGGCUACCUUGGCCUAGAUUCACCCGUUAUUUUGGCGGAUAGUGUUGAUGGUGAGGUUCUUUGCGGAGAAGGCAGGGCUUGAAUUUUCACUUAACCAUCUUAUCAGAUUAUAGCGGCCCUUUCAUCAUCGAGGUUUGAUAACCUUAUGAUGUCGGUCGGCCACGCCUUUCAUUCUCGAUGAUGAAGAAGACAAUGGUCGGGAGUGGAUGAGUCUAUUCGUCCGAGUGCGAACUGCAGAUAUUAUCCCCGUGGAGUUUAUGCCGUUCCCUAAGGAAUGGAAUCAUACACGUAAGUGGUAUACUUGUGCCUUCACAGUUCUUCAAUUAUGGCGAAGGGGUGUGCCGUAAGUAUGCCUUUUUUUCUUUUUCUGCAGCGAUUUCGUGGAUGCCGUGCGAGGUUCCCGAUCUGUCGGAUUGGGUUCGGAAGUUGACGACCCACUCGACUCGCAAUGAGCGUAGGUGGAGAGCUUUGUCUAAGGAUAUGUGGGAGGCAAAAUACCACGGUAUGUGCCGUGCGAUUUGUUCCCUUCUUUUAGUUUAAAAAACAUUUGCUCUUUCUCCGUGCUAACCCUGUUAUUGUAGGCAUCAGGGCCUUCCGAGGUGAGGCGGCGCCCCCUUGGGGAGGGGGGGAGAAGGAUCUCUACCUCCUGGGCUAAACAAUGAUAACAAUAACCAAGAGAUACCUUUGCAGCACGAUGGCGCUCGGUGCAAGGCGAACCUGUGACGGGGGCUUGGAACGGAAGCGUUGAUCGAGCCUGCCGCGCCCGUGGUUUCUGGUUUUGAAGAGGCGUCUUAUCCUCCUCUUUUGCCUUCUUUUUCCAUCGAAGGUAAUUUAAGGGAUACUCGAAACCCAGGAUCAUAUGCACUGAGCGACCGUGCCUCGACCGGGGUUGACUCUUUCGGAACUGAGGGAGCUAGGUUAGCAGAUGUGCACUCGACCUUCGAGGAAGCAUAACGACUUCACUAUGUGGUGAGUUUUUGGCAUGGGCCUUUUGAGUUCCGUGCCUUCCAUUCCUUACUGAGUUUUCUUUUGCAGACCAUCGAUAUGCUUAAGUUUGAGAUGCUUUGCCAUGAGGUCAGGCUGCGGAAAGCUCUGGAUGAGGAGAAAACCCUGAGGCGCCUUCACGAUGAAAGGGAAGUCGAAUUGGCAUACUUGCAGUGUGAGUUGCAGAAAAAGAUGGAGGGCUUGGAGCACCUUCGAGAUAAGGCUGGCCAAGCCAAGCACAAGUAUGAUGAGUUAAAGGCUCAGGCGGAUGCUCAGGCUUCGACGAAGGAGGGUGCUCUAGCUAAGGCUUUUGCCCUUGAGGUUCAACUUCGCUUAGCCCAUGACAAUAGCUUGGUUCAAAAAGAUACGAUUGCGAAGCUCGAGACCGAGCUCUCAAAGAUAAGGGCCGAGAUUGUGGAUGCCUGAGCUGAAACUGUAAUGAGCCGAACUAAGGCUGACCAGAAAGUGGCGGUCUAUUUGAAGGACGCUGCCGAUGCUCAAGCUAAAUUGAGAAAGGUCCUUGACCGUGAAGAUAGGAGCAAAGAAUACGCUCAGUGUAAGUCUCGACGGAAAACCCUCAAGGAGAUCCGUGCUAGGGGAUUUGACCUCUCGAAAAAGUUGUCGCAGGCGAGGGCGGAUGAGUGUGGUGCUAGUUGCUUCUGUCCGACUCCGAGGAUAGCGAAGACGAGGCUGAUGAGCCAUAUCCCCCAGGGGGGAUGUAGAUUUUGCUUUCCGAUUCUGUACGUAGUACUUUCGAAGUAUGUUGUAAAUGGAGUUUGUAUUUUUCCGUAUGUAUAUAUAAAGAAGAAACCUUGCGGCUUUGUUUCUCCUGCAUUUCUUUUCGCCUUGACUUUAGCCAAAUGAAAUGGUCUCUAAGCAGAGUGGAAUCCUUAGAUUCAUGGUAUGGUCUUGAGGCUCAUUGGGUUGGCCCGUAGACUCUUACACGCUUUUGCUCUUAUGUAUAUUUAGGCCAACUGUUUUGGGAUCAGUCCCCGAGUCAGGCAUUGACUCGAGCUUAUUUGACCCUCAAGUUGUCAAAUUUUAGGCUGACGACAGUGGCUCUUACACUUUUGUUCGAUGCGACCCUUUAGUGUAUGUGGGCUGGCGACAAUGACUCUUAUGCAUUUUCCCUUAGGCAUAUUUAAUAAACUGUUUUGGGUUUAGUCUCC